GAAGGAGUGUGCCUUGAUCAAUGAGCUUUGCUGCAAACAUUACUGCGACCACCGCACCAAAAACAACAAGAACCGACUAGAUUUCCAGCCGAGAGAUAAAGUCUGCUGUACAAAGAACGGCUACGUAUCUGACAGGGACAAGGAAGUGUCUCCUGAAGCAGAGGACUUGGAGAACAGCUACGUAUCUGACAGGGACAGGACCAAGCAGAGACUUCCUGGUCUGGACGGAGAGGAGAGACUGAGAGGGAACGGGGCCACACAGAGAGACGGAAGUUGUGACAAAAUGAAAAGCAAAGAGAAGAAUAAAGAGCGUCUGUGUAACGGAGAGAUAUUCUUUAUUAAACAUGACGUGACCGAGGAGGAGGCGGCUCACAGCGGAGCAGGAAGCGGAGACGUGGAAACACGUGUACACGGCUGUGACACGGGGACAGAAGCUGUAUAUGUCAUAGCCAAGCAGGAGGGCAUGGCCUCGGCCAUCAAGAGACGCAUCAUCCCACGUAACACCCGGCUGGGAACCCUGGUCAAAGAGCUGCUGGUCCAGCCUGGGGCUGAGGGGCAGGACCAACCAGACCAGAACCAACCCCAGCCGGGCACACCUCGCAGGGCAGCCCCAGGCUUCGGGCCUACACAGACCACUCCUCUGGCCUCACAGACACCUAGCUGGUCUCUAAGGACCCCUACAAAACCCCUAUAG